CCCCACACAUGGAAGCGAAAUUUCUCUAACUUUACUGUAAACUUUUGUUUCUUGUUACUUCAUUCCACCCCCCCUCCCUCCCCAGUCGAACUCUCGGGGCUUGUUUUGCUAUCUACUCAUACCCGCGUACCCUUCAAGGCCGAGAAAAGAAAAGAAUUCAAGGAUAAUUCAUCCCUGCUCUAGGCUUUGUUUAGGCUCCAUAACCGUGCUAUCGGCAUCCCCUGAGACAAGGGAAAAAGAAAAAGAAAGAAGAGAAGAGACCUUUCUCACUCCCUCCAUCCAGUACCGGCACUUUUUCUAGUCUGCCGUAUUCUACGCUAUCUACCCUAUCCUAUUUUCUUGGAAGUCGAUAUCGGAUUCCUCCAGUGUUCGUCGGCUCCACGUUGCAACUGUGACAUCUCUCCCCACUGGCCCAGUGCCACCGCAACCAAAUCUUCCGAUAUCCCGUUUUCCCCCGAUCUUCGUCUCGACAACCGCCGCGCUAGACUACCUACUCCGCUCCUCCGCCUGCCUUUCUCUCGCUGCUGCAACCCCUCCACCAGACCCACCCUACCUUCGCAACUCGGCGCCUUUCAUUUACUGCACUCACUCCCGGACUUGAUACCACUGUGCCACUCUCUCUGAGCUCAACCGGGAACGACAUCGAGUACAGGGUGUAUUUCCGGACACUUGAGAAAAAAAUUUUAAAAAAAAUAAUUAAAAAAAAAAAAAUACUGUGGGAGCUAGGAAGGGAGGAAGGAAAGCACGGAAGGAAGGAUAGAAGGAAGUCAGACAGUCGAGUCAAGGAGUCAUGCCCACCAACAGACCUUUUCUAGCGAAUCUGUUGGUAGCGUUCCGAGCUCAUAGCGCUACGGCCAAGGGUUCUUCCAACAAUCCAUCAUCGUCCUCGCCAUCAUCAAAACCCUCUGCGGGACCAAAGACCCAAUCGGCCCCAGCAAGCAGUUCAACGACCGCCCCCUCGUCAACUGCUGCCAUGGCUACCGCCGCUGUCCACACGAAUAGUAGUCAACAGCAACAACCCACUAACUUCACCUCUUCAAGACAACGAAGGAGUUCAUCAAGCUCAACGGAGGGUUUUGUGGAGCCUCCUUCGGGCGAGAAGUGGUGGAUAGGUGGCAGGAAUUCGGAUGGCCAGGAACGGUUUUACCGAUUACAGCCAGUGAGGAGGCAGAGAUCUUGUGACCGAUUAUCGCUGGAUCGUCUGUCGAUUUAGAUAUUCUCUUCUGCAUCUAUUAUCCAACGAUAGCUACAUAUCGCCCAGGUUCUGUCUUAGCAUUCUCCGAUUCCUCUAAGGUUCGUCGGCUAUAAAAUGGGUUGGCACGGGAUCCAAGGCAAGCUUAGUUAUGCAAGGGAUCGUAUUGCUUUUGAGUUGCUCGUUACGUUUUUCCUCCCAAUUUCAUCACUAUCGAACUCCUUCUCCUGACCCUUUGAUCUUUGUCUAUAACUCUUGGUAUUCUGCUGUACUUUGGUUUUAUUAUUUUUCUUCUUCCUGUUUGAGCGCUUUCAUUUCUGGCAUAUCGGGAAUUGGGUUGGGUGCACGGAAGAGAUUUGGGUUGGGAUAUACUUGAACUUCAUCUGAUAAGGUCUUGAGAGUGUUAUGGUGAGUCAGAUAAACUCACAAAGCAAUAUAUUUUGCACGGCCUGAUUUUUGGGCC